ACAAUGGCAUCGGAGGGGCGGACUAUAGUCUGUACUAUACAUCAGCCCUCGUCUCAAGUGUUCGCUCUCUUCGAUCACAUCUUACUUAUGGCCGACGGAAGGGUCGCUUUUAUGGGCACAACUGAGACAGCAAAACACUUUUUCUCUUCACUCGGUUAUGGCUCGACCAUUACUUCUAAUAAUUAUGAGGAGAACAGGAUUAAACAAAUAUGCGACAAAUAUUUAAUAUCUAAUUUUUGUCAACAAAUUUCCGGCAAUAAUAAUGCGAUUGAAUGCCAAACGAGACACACAUUAAACGACUCGUUCAGCGACGACAACAAUAACAGUGCAAAUCGUUGGUCGGGCUAUAAAUACGGCUUUUGGGCCCAAUUGCGGGCUUUAUUGUGGCGCUCAUACCUAUUAACCAUCAGGAAUCAAGAAAUUAUAAUUGCCCAGAUGAUUUUUAUGCUA